AGUUCUGCAGAGGACCAAGGCUCUUCCAGAAGCCACGAACGGUGUGCUGUGAAUGUUUGUUAAAGGAACGGUCUGUUUAAGUCCAGCCCCGAUUAUAAAUUUACAGGAAGUUAAAUUUGUGCCAUGUAAACAGCAGCAGCUACAAGAUGGCUAAGAAAUCACUUGCUAGAUGGAUCUAUCAAAUCUAAGAGGCGUAAGAGAACUGAAUUUUAUGAGGAGGUAUAGUGAGUGUCAUGUGAAGAAACAGAGCAUUUCUGAAUCCUGCUGUCUGGGUCGCCCCAGAAAAUGAAGAUGAAUGCUUUGGUGGAAGAAGAGGACAGCUGCACACUCUGAAUUUUCUGGCAUGGAUCUGUAUGAAGAUUACAAAUCGCCCUUCGAUUUCAAUGCUGGAGUGAACAGAAACUAUCUUUACCUGUCGCCUAGCAUAAACCUUUCUCCACCUGGAUCACCUACAUUAGCAAAGUCUGGGCUGCUGAGAAGUGACUCUAUACCUGAGGUUGGAGAGGAUGCUGCUGCUACAGUUGGUAUGGCAGAAACACUCUCAGAAGAAGAACAGGAUGAGCUAAGAAAAGAGCUUGCUAAGGUGGAAGAGGAAAUCCAGACGCUCUCACAAGUGCUAGCUGCCAAAGAGAAGCAUCUAGCAGAAAUCAAGAGAAAGUUGGGAAUUAACUCAUUACAGGAACUAAGGCAGAACAUUACCAAAAGCUGGCAAGAUGUUACAUCAACCACAGCAUACAAGAAAACAUCAGAAACACUGUCUCAGGCUGGUCAGAAGGCUUCUGCUGCUUUUUCAUCUGUUGGUUCAGUCAUAACGAAGAAGUUUGAAGAUGUCAGACUACAGGCAUUUUCACAUUCCUUUAGUAUACGCUCCAUACAACACUCAAUUAGCAUGCCUAUUAUGAGAAAUUCUCCUACUUUCAAAUCCUUUGAGGAAAAAGUUGAAAACUUAAAGUCUAAAGUCGGAGGAAGCAAACCUGCUGGGGGAGACUUUGGAGAAGUUCUCAACUCUGCUGCCAAUGCCAGUGCCACAGAAACUAUUGCAGAACAGACACAGGAGGAGACCCACUGAGAUUCCUGCCUCUGUCCUGCUACCCACUGCCAGAUGCUGCAAGCAAAAACUAAGCACACUUGUAACAUUCUUUGCGCUCUUUCCACCAGAUGUGCUUUUAUUUAGCACGUAGUUAUUUUACCAGAUUAACUGAUACUGAGCUUGUUCGUGGGUUCAAAAUAUUUUUGAAACUAAAAUACAUUGUUUGGGGUUUUGUGUGGGAAGGGGAAUUUUUAGCCUUUCAAGCAUUUAAAGGACUUAUCUGUAAUUUGAAGGCAACCUUUAAAAUAUAGCAAUGAAAAAAAACUCUUGAGAAGUUAAUUAUACUGUACAUAUACUGUGGAUACGUAAUUACUUUUGAAUCUGUAACUACUGCUCAACUUGAUCGUUAUGAAUUUACUGCUGCUGCCGAACUGAAGCUUGUUACUUCACUCCCUUGUGAUUCUUUCAGUUAAGUGUUGCCUGCACAGGACACCAGACUAGGAGGAUCGCUCCCAGCUAAAGAAAGGACUUCUGCUUCAAUGGGCUUUAAACAACUUAUUCAUAGCAGGAUUACACAUGGGUAGGAACGUACUGUCUUACGAGUGUGUUCCUCACACAACAGAUGUGGAUACAGUAAUAUGU